AUGGAUGGAACCAAUGGCAGCACCCAAACUCAUUUCAUCCUACUGGGAUUCUCUGACCGACCCCAUCUGGAGAGGAUCCUCUUUGUGGUCCUCCUGAUCGCACACCUUCUGACCCUCGUAGGCAACACCACCAUCAUCCUGGUGUCCCGGCUGGACCCCCACCUCCACACCCCCAUGUACUUCUUCCUCACCCACCUUUCCUUCCUGGACCUCAGUUUCACCACCAGCUCCAUCCCCCAGCUGCUCUACAACCUUAAUGGACAUGACAAGACCAUCAGCUACAUGGGCUGUGCCAUCCAGCUCUUCCUGUUCCUGGGUCUGGGUGGUGUGGAGUACCUGCUCCUGGCCGUCAUGGCCUACGACCGGUUUGUGGCUAUCUGCAAGCCCCUGCACUACAUGGUGAUCACGAACCCCAGGCUCUGCCGGGGCUUGGUGUCAGUGGCCUGGGGCUGUGGGGUGGCCAACUCCUUGGCCAUGUCUCCUGUGACCCUGUGCUUACCCCGCUGUGGGCGCCAUGAGGUGGACCACUUCCUGUGUGAGAUGCCCGCCCUGAUCCGGAUGGCCUGCAUCAGCACUGUGGCUAUCGAAGGCACUGUCUUUGUCCUGGCGGUGGGCGUUGUGCUGUCCCCCUUGGUGUUUAUCCUGCUGUCUUACAGCCACAUUGUGAGGGCUGUGUUACAAAUUCGGUCAGCAUCAGGAAGGCAGAAGGCCUUCGGCACCUGCGGCUCCCAUCUCACUGUGGUCUCCCUUUUCUAUGGAGACAUCAUCUACAUGUACAUGCAACCAGGAGCCAGCUCCUCCCAGGACCAGAGCAAGUUCCUCACGCUCUUCUACAACAUUGUCACCCCCCUCCUCAAUCCUCUCAUCUAUACCCUCAGAAACAGAGAGGUGAAGGUGGCACUGGGAAGGUUGCUUCUGGGGAAGAGAGAGCUAGGAAAGGAGUAAGGGCAUCUCCACCUGACUUCACCUCCAUCCAGGGCCACUGGCAGCAUCUGGAACGGCUGAAUUCCAGCUGGUAUUAGCCCGUGACUCCCAGCUUGCCUUUUUAUGGACUUUCGUGAGGCUGUUUCAGUUCUGACAUUAUGUGUUUUUGUUGUUGUUGCUUUUAAAAUUGAGACGGGGUGUCACUCUGUCACCUAGGGUGGAGUGCAGUGGUGCCACCAUAGCUCCUUCGACUAUUGGGCUUAAGCGAUCCUCCCCCAC